UCGAUCUAGUGGAUUCGGGUCCAGGCAUGCCAACCCAUUUUCCGUCCCGCCGCGCAGCUUUAGGUAUAAAACUUUCGAAGGAGCCCUACGCCUCUUCUUCGUUAUUCCUUGUAAUUUUCUCAAAAUUCCAUCCAUCGCCGGUCUCUACCGAUUUUUUUUUAUUAAUAAUUAAAGAAGAUGGAAGAUAAUCUGCAAGUUGUUACCCAAGAUUCUAGCAUGACCGAAUAUUCUACUGUUAUUGAUGCUCCUUCAACAUACACUAUGACCGAUUCAGAGAAGGGGGUUGAAAAUUUGGACUCAUCUGCAUCACUUCCCUCAGCACAAAAUUUUAAUCCUGAUGAUGAAAAUGCCCAUGCUUAUGGCACAAGUUAUGGUGCAGUCCAUGUUGCCAAUGGGAAUGUAGUAUCUGAUUCUUGUGCUGUUGCUGCUGCUACUGAUAACCUUGUUAGCCAGGAGGUGGAUGCAGCUGUUCCCACUCAUACAGUCAACUAUGAUUCGAUGAAUGGAGUUCCCAGUGAAAUAGUUGACUACCAGUCCUCGGAAGUUGUUGAAUAUGGUGCUUCUGAUCCACAUGCUGGGGCACAACAUUUUGAAGAAGUGUAUUCUGCUGAGGAGGAAAGGCUAUGGAAUGCUGUUAGGAUUAACUGUUUGGAUUUCAAUGCCUGGACAGCCCUCAUUGAGGAGACUGAGAAAGUUUCAGAGAUUAACAUCUUAAAGAUUCGGAAAGUCUAUGACGCUUUCUUGGCUGAAUUUCCCUUGUGCUUUGGUUACUGGAAGAAGUAUGCUGACCACGAGGCUCGUCUAGACGGUGCUAACAAGGUAUUGGAAGUCUAUGAGCGUGCAAUUCUAGCUGUUACCUAUUCCGUGGAUAUUUGGUUGCACUAUUGUCUUUUUGCAAUAUCAACUUAUGAAGACCCAGACAUCAUUCGAAGGUUGUUUGAAAGGGGAUUGGCUUAUGUUGGAACUGAUUAUCUUUCGUACCCACUGUGGGAUGAAUAUAUUAGAUAUGAAGAAUCACAACAAGCAUGGAGUAAUCUGGCCAUGAUUUAUACCAGAAUACUUGAGAAUCCUAUACAGCAAUUGGAUCGCUAUUUCAAUUGCUUUAAGCACUUGGCUGCCAGUCGAGCUUUAUCUGAAAUAAGGACUGCUGAAGAAGCUGCCUUAGUGGCUUCUUCUGUUGAAGUUGACGGUCAUGGUGUUGAGGGAGAGGUUUGUGCUGAUGGUGUAGAGCAAUCUUCUAAACCUGUAAGUGCAGGCUUAGCAGAAGUGGAUGAGUUGGAGAAGUAUAUUGCAAUUAGGGAAGAAAUGUAUAGGAAAGCUAAAGAGUUCGAUUCUAAGAUCGUUGGUUUUGAAACAGCUAUUAGAAGGCCAUACUUUCAUGUCAGGCCUCUUGACGAUCCAGAGCUUGAGAACUGGCAUGGCUAUCUGGAUUUUACUGAAAGAGGCGAUGAUUUUAACAAGGUUGUCAAGUUAUAUGAAAGGUGCUUGAUUGCAUGUGCCAACUAUCCUGAAUACUGGAUCCGCUAUGUGUUAUGCAUGGAAGCUAGUGGAAGUAUGGAGCUUGCUAUCAAUGCUCUGGCUCGAGCCACCCAAGUCUUUGUCAAGAAGCAACCAGACAUUCAUCUUUUUGCUGCUCGAUUCAAGGAACACAGUGGAGAUAUGUUAGGUGCACGCUCAGAGUAUGAGCUUCUUUACUCAGAAAUAUCACCCGGCUUUUUAGAAGCUAUAUUGAGGCAUGUGAACAUGGAGUAUCGUUUGGGAAACAAGGAGGACGCUCUCUCCAUAUACGAGAAGGCUAUUGCUGCUGAACAGGAAAAGGACCAGUCUCAGAUCUUACCGAUGUUGCUUAUUUUGUAUUCACGCUUCUUGUAUUUGGUUGCUGGCAAUGCUGAAAAAGCAAGGGACAUUUUCUCUGGAGCCCUAGAAACUACUCAACUAUCAAAACCUAUUCUUGAGGCUGCCAUUCAUUUGGAAUCAAUUCUUCCUUUUCCAAAGCGUAUUGAAUAUUUAGAUUUACUGGUCGAGAAGUUCAUUACGCCUAAUACAGACAACUACUGUGUGGCUAGUACAACUGACAGGGAGGAUAUAUCAUGCAUAUUUUUGGAGUUUCUCGAUCUAUUUGGAGACCCUCAGUCAAUCAAAAAGGCUGAUGACCGGCAUGCUUUGCUGUUCCUGCGGCAAAAAGGCAUUUUGGUGUCCAAGAAGCGUCGGGCAAAUGAUUUUCUAGCAUCAGAGAAAGCAAAAAUCGCAAAGAGUUCUCCUUUGCCUGCUCAAUCUGUUAUGGGAGCAUAUCCUAAUUCGCAGAACCAGUGGCCUGUUGGUUAUGAACAAAAAGUUUCUUCUUGGCCACAAGGAAAUCCGCAGACACAAGGGCAACCCUGGAAUCCAGGGUAUCCGUUGCAGGCUGGAUAUAGUGCAUACAAUUAUGCGAGCUAUGGCCAACCUCAGAUGCCCACAUCGGUAGCUCAGGUUACUACACAUGGCACAUAUGCUCCGAGUUAUCCAUCUCAGGAAUUUUCUUUUACUCGAGCACUAUUGGAACUGAGAAUAAACAAGUUGGUUCUGGAAAUAGUUUGUUUUUUUAUUGCAUAUACACAGCAGACCUAUGCUGCACCAACUACCGCAGCAACAGCAUCUGUGGCAGGAUUCCAGCAGCAGCAGCCGGCAGCUGCUGCUCAGCCAUACUAUGGUGCCACCUAUUAUUGAUUGUUUUUACUACCACUCUAGUUUUAUUGAGCUGUAUAUUAGGAGUGCACUAAGCCUUUGAUUAAAGCGAAGCCUCAAGUAGGUGAUGAUUUUGAGGCAAUGGAGAUGGAUCAGUUUUCUUUUGUCUAAAAGAUCUUAUUGCUUUGAUGUGCAGCUGCCACUGCGCGGUGGAUCUUAGCUUUAGAUUUUAUACUCGAUUGGCUUUCAUGAUCAUCGGUAGCGGAGUUUCUGCGGAAAUUCUGCUUCGAUGUUGUGUAAACUUUAGAAAGUUUUUAAAGUUCUAAUUGCAUUUAGUAGAUUUACGACAUGCAGAAAUUUAAUUUUAAUUUCUUAUUUUUUGUUGUUGUUGGGUUGUGCUCAGUGCUUUUAAAUAUUUAUGGGAGAAUCUGCUUUUUCUGCUA